CAUGAGCCCGGAGAGAGGUAAGCUCCUCUCAGUGUACGCCGAGUCUUGCAGCUCGGCUGACGCGACAUACGCCUUUGCCUAAAAAAAAGUUUAAAAAUUGUGUUGUGUGGCUGUGAAGAUUAGCAUUAAACCAUGAAACUGAAACAGGAACUUCUAGAACAGCCGGCGGGUGAGUUAUGGAAGAGCAUCCGCGUGGAGCUGAAGGAAGACGUCUCCACCCGGGACAGAGACCUGGCUGCCAUCCGGGAGUGGCUGAAGAAGCAGCCACAUCUGCCUGACGAUUGGGAAACGGGUCCAAUAAUGACGUUUCUGCGAGGCAGUAGCUUCUCUCUGGAGAAAUGUAAGAGGAAGUUAGACAUGUACUUCACCAUGAGAGCUGCUUGCCCUGAAUUCUUUACCAAGCGUGAUGCUACAAGACCCGAACUGGAAGAGGUUAUGACUAACAAAAUACAAGGACCUCCACUACCCGGCAUCACGCCAAAUGGAAGAAGAGUUACCAUCUGCAGAGGUAUCCACCCAGACUUAAAUGCUCAGCAGAUCACAGACACCCUGAAGCUGGCUCUCAUGAUAGGAGAUGUAAGACUCACAGAGGAGAAGGAGGGAGUGGCAGGAGAUAUCUACGUGCUGGAUGCCGCUAUUCUCGGAGCCAGUAUGCUGGCGAAACUCUCUGCUGCUACCAUUAAGAAGUUCAUGAUUUGUGUUCAGGAAGCGUACCCCAUCAAACUAAAAGAGGUCCACAUAAUAAACACGUCGCCUCUUGUCGAGAGAUUCGUCAACUUCGUGAAACCUUUCCUCAAGGAGAAAAUUAGGAAACGGAUCUAUAUCCACAAGGAUGUGAAGGACCUGUACAAGUACAUUCCCCAGGAGAUGUUACCCGCGGAGUACGGCGGACAGUGUGGGACCAUGGCGUCGUUACAAGAGCAAUGGAAGCUAAAACUCCAGGAAUACCGCGAAUGGUUCAAGCGUCAAGACAGCGUCGUCGCCAACGAGUCUCUCCGGCCGGGGAGACCCACCAACUACGACGAGUUGUUCGGUAUCGAUGGCUCCUUCAGACAGCUCUCUAUCGACUGAUGGAUAUACAUCGACAAUUACUUCUCCAAGUAAUGGAACUACACUAUUGUCUUUAGUAUUGCCUAAUGGUGUGGCGGUUUUAUCAAAUUGACCAAAUUUUGAUUCAAUUCUUUUAUUAUUUCAAGAAUCCUUAACAUUUAAAGAUAUAAAGGGUUUGACUGCAUUAACGAGUGCCAUAAUCGCAGGUGCGGUUAGUAACUUGUUAAUUUUUGACACGUCACGCUCAGUGGGUUUGUCUUAGUGAACUCAACCACUCGGUUUUCCGUGCAGUCAAAUUAUCGACAUCAGUCAAUAUAAUGUAUACUUGUCCAAAAAUAAGUAAGAAGAAUAGGUUUAAAUACUGUUUCUUGUUUAGUCAAGUGAAGUUUUGGAAGCUUGCUGAUUACUCUAAUUGAAGCAAGUGACCACCAUGCCACCUACUACCAAAUCAUUUGAGAAUUGAAAAAUUGAGAUUUUAGGUCCAUUAAAUUUAUAGUACUUGCUAUUAAUAUUACUGGUUCAGGCAGAAUAUAGUUAUAUGAAUAGUGUAGUUCCAUUACUUGUAUGGUAAUUAUGUAUUCUUAAACUGUGAAGUAUUAUUUUAUAAUUUUAGAUUAUUAUGGACUGGGUCCAAAAAUUGUAUUAUUGAUAUAAGUAGUGAUAAUUGUGACUUACAUUACAUUACCCAUGGUUUUUUUUAAGAAUGUUUAAAAAAUGGUGGAUAUUUAAAAAAAAUAGCAAGAGAUUUCAAUUGUGCUUAAACUCUUUAGAACUAAGUUGUAAUAGAUUUUUUUUGCUUCUCUCUAUUGGAAUAAUUUAGAUAUUGCACAUUUUGAGGUAUCUAGAAUUGAAUUAUUUACACAAUUUUAAUUGAUAAAUUAUGAUUUAAAGUUAUGAUAAGGUUCUCAUGAGAUUUAUUGUAUGUUAUUAAUAUGGGAACAAUUAUAAAAGAACAUUCAGUUGUAAUCGAAAAGGAUUUUAGAUAUGAAAUAUCAAAAGAAGCUAGCAAUAAUGUUGCAUAUCUGUGGUAAUUAAAUAUUAUUUCUUAAGUAAA